UGAGCAAACUCAGGUUUUGUUUUUUGUUGCUUUUUAUUUACUCAUCACUCGUCAGCUUUUACAACGUAAACAAUCAAAAGCUUCUCUCUGUGUUACCUUCCCCUUGCUAUUUUCUGUCUCACUCAUUCUUCUAUCAUAUUGGCUCCAUUAUUUUGUAUCUUAUUUUUGUGUCCAACUAACUGUAUUGACCGCAAUAAUUAACCAUCCACCGAUCCAAUUUCAUCAUCAUCUUCACCAUUAAAGUCACCAUCAUUCAUAUCAUAGUUACAAAUCCAUUAUGGCUGCUCUACUCCAGACUUUGAGUGGUAAUCCAUUACAAACACCAAUUGGGCAAAAAAUAGAGCAAGCAACUGAACCUUCUUUGCCCUCUGAGGAUUGGGCUUCAUUUAUGGAAAUAUGUGAUAUGAUCAAUGAUACCGAUGAAGGACCAAAAGAUGCAGCAAGAGCAAUCAAAAGACGUCUUCAGCAAAAUGCUGGUAAAAACCAUGUUGCUGUUAUGUACACAUUAACGCUGUUGGAAACUUGUGUCAAAAAUUGUGGUAAAAGAUUUCACACAUUAGUCACCAGCAAGGAUUUUGUUCAAGAUUUGGUUAAAUUGAUUGGCCCAAAAAAUGAUCCACCGCCGGUUCUCCAAGAAAAGGUUUUAAAUCUUAUUCAAACUUGGUCUUUAGCAUUUCGAGGACAACCAGAAUGCUCCGGAGUUGUUCAAGUGUAUAUCGAAUUGAUGGCAAAAAAAGUUGAAUUUCCAGUAACUGAUCUUGAUUCAACUGCACCAAUCCAUACACCUCAACGAAGUGUACCACCGUAUCAACGUAAAGCAACCAACGAAUCAAUUGCAACAAGUGGAUCACCCACUAAUACUUCAAGCAACCCUAUUUCAACAUUAAAUCGUUCUCUACCAACUAACAUCAUCCCAGGUUCAUCUUCACCUUCAUCAUCACCCAUUACCUCAGCUACAGUCGCUGCUACCGGAGCUUCGCCUGUUUCCUCAUUCCAUACAAUGUCAACUGGACAAGUAUCUCAAAGUCCUGAUCAGUUAGUUAAGCUGAAGAAUGAAUUAGAUGUUGUCCAAGGAAAUGUUAAAGUCUUCCAUGAGAUGCUCAAUGAGCUGGUUCCAGGAAAAGAGCAUCCUGAUGAUUGGAGUCUACUUUGUGAUUUAAAUGCUACUUGUCAAGCCAUGCAGAAAAGGAUUGUUGAGUUAAUCGAGAAAGUUGCAAAUGAGGAAGUGACCAAUGAGCUAUUAAGAAUCAACGAUGAUCUUAACAAUGUGUUUGAAAGAUACGAAAGAUAUGAAAGAAAAAGGACCAAUACUUCAACUUCAGUACCAACUGCAGCACCAACUUCAAACGCUAACAUACUAUUAUCUCCUGUACCUCCAACUUUAUCAAAAUCUAAAGCUUCAGAACCAAGUUUGAUUGAUUUGAGUGUUGAUGAACCUAUCCCAGUAGAUGUAUUAUCAAAAGGAGUUCAAGGAAUAUCAUUAAAUAAAAAUUUGAAGUCAAACAAUGGAUUGGAAGAAUCUGUUUCUGUUGGUGAUGCCGAUUUUGAUUCCUUUGCUCAGUCGAGAACGUCAAUUGGACGAACUGAGCCCAAAACUGUCGAACCAUCAGGAUUAGAUUCUCUCGAAGAAGCUAUUCGAUCUGGUAAUCCUUCAGGAGGACUUCCUGACUCUUUGAAUAGUGACGGAAAAUCUCUUAUGUUAGAUAGCGUGAGAGAUUUGGUCGAAAUGGAGAAUUGGUUACGUGAUCAAAACGCAGCUCCUAAUGCAUCUGCAUUCUCGACAUCAGCAUCAACAGUUCCAAAAGGAGGUGAUUUUAAUUUUGAGAAAUUUCUAACUGAAAGAGCCGAUGCAAGAGACAAAAUGCCUAAAUAAUUAAAUUCAUCCCCGUGAUCAACUCCUCAACCAAAGUGAACAUUUCUAAUAAUUCACUUUAUAUCGUUCUUACGAAAAUGUUUUCUUUCAUCGUGAUCUUACUGUUGGUGUCCCAAUUGUCCUAAUAACAAUUUGAGUGAGCCAUCGCCAUUACCUAAAUGAUAAAUUCAUCGAAUCAAUUUGAACUACCGUUUAAAUCAUCUUUGCUUUUCUGUUAAAAAACUGAUAGCAAUGGAAUAAUUUGUAAUCAAUUUUUGGCUAUAUUGUCCCCAUCCAUUUUAUGGGCCCAUUAAGAUUUCACAGAGUGUAAAAAAUUAUCAGCUAAACAAGCGUCAAUCAAUAUUCCUGACAAAAUAUAUAAAAAAAUGAUCUUCUCUUUUCCUUUCGGAGAGUUUAAUACAAAUAAAUUUAAAUAAGCGAUCAAUUAUUUGAUACGUUCAUUUUGUAAUUUAA